AUGGCGCCUUCCGGUGAUGGCAGGCCUGUCAGUGGCGGCGGGUUCAGUGAAAAUGGCAAAUUCAGCUACGGGUAUGCUAGCUGUCUCGGGAAGAGAUCGUCCAUGGAGGACUUCCAUGAGACCAGAAUUGAUGGUGUCGAUGGUGAGACCGUUGGAUUGUUCGGUGUCUUCGAUGGUCAUGGUGGAGCUCGGGCAGCAGAGUUUGUCAAGCAAAACCUGUUCAGCAACUUAAUCAAGCACCCGAAGUUCUUCACCGACACCAAGUCUGCUAUUGCUGAAACUUUCACCCGCACGGAUUCGGAACUCCUGAAAGCCGAUACCACCCACAAUCGGGACGCGGGGUCGACGGCUUCCACCGCGAUCCUUGUAGGGGAUCGCCUCGUGGUGGCGAAUGUUGGGGAUUCUAGGGCGGUCAUCUGUAGAGGUGGUGAUGCUAUAGCGGUGUCAAGGGACCAUAAGCCUGAUCAGACAGAUGAGAGGCAGAGGAUAGAGGAUGCUGGAGGUUUCGUCAUGUGGGCAGGAACAUGGCGUGUAGGCGGCGUCCUUGCCGUUUCUCGUGCAUUUGGUGACAAACUCUUGAAGCAGUACGUGGUUGCCGAUCCAGAGAUCAAGGAGGAGGUGGUCGACAGCUCUCUGGAGUUCCUCAUCCUCGCCAGCGAUGGGCUGUGGGACGUCGUCACCAACGAGGAAGCUGUUGCCAUGGUGAAGCCGAUUGUUGACUCGCAGGAGGCUGCCAAGAAGCUCCUCGUGGAGGCUACGCAGAGGGGCAGCGCCGACAACAUCACCUGCGUCGUCGUCCGUUUCCUGGACCAGCAGCCUAGCCCGACCACCACCACCGCCUCCACUGAUCGACCCUCGUAA